CACUCAUGCACACUGCUUAGUAUGCUAGUAUGCAAGUUAAGACGCAGCCAUGGCGAAGUUUGUUUUGGCAGGAAAGGCAGAUUGUCCAUAUUAUGCCAAAGCUGAGCUGCUGGCAGAUGUACUUCACAGAGCUUUACCAGAUUUCCACGUCCACAAGAUCUCUGUACACCCGACCGACUGGAAGAGCUGGCUUGAAAAAACGUGUAUAUCGAACGGCUGGAAACACGAAAGCUCCCCGAUAGUUUGGAGGGAACUGAUUGAUCGUGGUGGAAAGGGCAAGCUACUGGGUGGAUUCAAUGAGUUUCUGGAGUACGCACAGGGCUACUACGGCAUCACGCCUGACAUGGGUACAGAUCUGAUGCUGAAGAUCGCAGCUGAGAAUCUGGAGGUCAAAGAGCGGAACCUUCAGGAGGAGGAACGUCAGCGUGAGCUCCUCAAACCUCUUCAGAUCUGGAUCAGCAGUGCGCUACACCCAACCGGCUACCAGCUGAUCCCCUUACUGUUCACAUCCGGCGUAUUCCGCGACUUCCACUCCAUCAGCCUUCAUCUUCUGGACAUGGACCACAGCGUGGACUCACUCCUGAGCCUUCAAAUGGAGAUGGAGGACCUGGCUUUGGAUCAGCUCCACCGAGUCCUCGUCCACACCGAUCUGAAUCAGGCCUUCCAGUCAGCCGACCACAUCAUUUUUCUGGACGAGCGCGAGGAUCGAGAAGAGCAAGACGGCGCGGAGCAUCUACUGAGGCGAAUCGGAGAGCGGUACAAGCGCUACGGUCAAACCAUCGAGGAGAACGGACGACCGGACGUCCGGGUGCUGGUGGCCGGAGACGUCCACGUGAACCUGAAGUGCUCGCUGCUGAUGGAGAACGCUCCCUCUGUCUGUCGGCGCCGCUUCGUGGCGGUCGGGACGCAAGUGGAAAACGAAGCGAGGGCUCAGCUCGCCAUGAAGCUGUCCGUCAAAGCUUCAGACGUCGCUGAUGUGAUAGUUUGGGGAAACAUCGGCGGCCGGUUCCACGUCGACCUGCAGAGGGCCAAAGUUCACCGAUACAAAGGAUCCAUCCGGGGCCCGGCGGGAUUUUCUCAACCCGUCUCGGAGAUGAUUCACGACAGGAAAUGGCUGAAGGACGACUUUCCCGGCCUGGUUAGCUCUCGCCGCGGUGCGGUCUCUCUCAAGACGAGCAGGAACGCCGUGGCCAUUUCAGCAGCCGCCGGGAUUCUCGCAGCUUUGAAAGCCUGGACCGAUGGUUCGUCUUCUCAAGAGAUCUUCUCAAUGGGCGUGGUCAGUACAGGGCAGUUCGGUGUUCCUGAUGGUCUGGUCUUCUGCAUGCCAGUGACCUUCCACCACGGCGAGUGGUCCGUGUGCUCAGACGUCUCCAUCGGCGAAGAGCUGAGGAGCGAAGUGGAGGCUGCUGUUCAGGAGGUUCAAUUAGAGAAGACCGCUGCAGAUGGAAUAAAGACAGAAGAUCCAGUUCCUACACAACACUCAGCUCUCUAAUCUCUUAAUAAAACCAUUAAGGGCGUGUCCCAAUUUGGACAGAA